CACUCGCACGCGUAACUCUCGCAGUGAUAUCGCACUAUCGUAUAUUAUUAUUAUUAUUAUUUUAUAUUGUUUACCGCGAGUAUUGUUCUGUUGAAGUCCACCGAGUCCUGAGCCCGCGACUAACAUAAUAUACGUAUAGCGUACGCGCGCGACUAUAAUAAUCCUGAAACGACUGGCGCGGUAAUAAUCACAAUAAAAAUAAUAAUAAUAAUAAUAAUAAUAGGUUCAAUCGAGGAAUUUUUUUUUACAAUAUUAAAAAACCCGUCGCGGGCAUGACGGGCGACGCUCUUUAUUAUUACAUGUACGUGUGCGCGGUCGCGAGGAUUUUGUCAUGUUCCCCGGUCGGUCUGCAGGACGGACAGCAUUUCGUCAGCUCGCUCUUGGAGAGGUUCAAAGAAGGUUCGAAGCCGCCUUCUCAUUACACCCCGGAUAUGUAUCCAGAAUUAAGAUCUCGAUUGUAUCAAGGAGAUAUAGUACUGCCAGUUUCGAGGAAUGCCAUAAUGUCAGAUUACUAUAAAUGGCCCAAGGCAAUAGUUCCUUAUACAAUCCAUUAUAAUUUUACACAAGACGAGCGGUCCAAGAUCCGGAUGGCCAUGGACUCGCUCGAGUCGAAAACGUGUCUGCGGUUUGUCGACACAAACGGUGGGAACGCGACACAACUGCUGAAGGAAGUAGGACACUCGGAGUACGUGCACAUCGGCCGCGAGCGGAACAAGGGCUGCAACGCCAUGAUCGGCUUUCACCAGGAUAUGGGCCGCCCUCACAACAUGAACUUAGAGUCGCCGUCGUGCAUCUACCACCAGGGCACGGUGCAGCAUGAGCUCCUACACGUGGUCGGGCUGCUCCACGAACAGGCCCGUGCCGAUCGUGACAACGCGGUGAUCAUCUACUGGGAAAACAUCGACAAGGCAUAUUGGCCAGACUUUAACAAAGUGCCUGACAAUGUAACAACUACUUUCGGACUACCUUAUGAUUAUACUAGUGUAAUGCAUUACCCACGUUAUGCUUUUUCAAAAAACGGUAAAGAAACCAUUGUUGCUAAGCACGAACCAAGUAUGAGUUUGGGACAGAGAACCGGAGCCACGGUCAAUGACUUGCGAAAAGUCAACGCAAUGUACAAUUGUAAUGGAGCCGCUUCAACACCUAAUGCAGGCGACUAUCGAGGCUCCGAAUAUCAUAUUUUUUAGUUCAAAAAUAUAUUAUUAUUAUUAUUAUUAUU